AUGACCAACUUCAACUAUCGCGAACGUGUACAGUCGGCCCCCGUGGACUCGCAGGCCGUGGGAAACAACAAUCAGGCUACUGACGGCUGGCUGACAGAUGAGGUUGUCACCGUCAUCGUUGGGUACCAGGAGAAGCGCUGGACCGUCCACGAGAAGCUUCUGGUCUCCCAAUCAGAGUUCUUCCGUAGCCACUUCGCCCAAGAGAACGUCACUGAGAUGAGACUCCCUCGGGAGGACCCGCGUCUCUUUGCAAUUUUCAUCCGCUGGCUGUACGGAACGGCCUUUGUGCCGUCGGGAGGCCCUCGCAACUUUCGAUACCUUCCUCCGGACGGUCUCACCCACUCCGUUCGUGACUAUCUCGGUGUCUAUGUCAUGGGCGGUACCUUCGGCAUUACCGGCGUGCGCAACGCCGUCGUCGACGUCUUGCACGGCUACUUCGGCCCGGGCAACGACAGCCACCGCGCCCCCGACAUCGCCGACGUCACCUAUCUUUUCUCCAACACGACCGAAGGCACGCCGAUGCGCCGCUUCCUGGCCGCCCACAUGCUCUUCCACAUGUUCAGCAAGCACCACACGGCCGCGGGUCUCCCGAAGUCCUGGAAGUCGGUACUGCAGGCCAACAGCGACAUCGGGUGUGAGAUGCUGGACUUGCUGGGCACUUUCGGCUGGGCCAUGGGCCAGAACGUGCCGCGCAUGACUAUCAAGCCUCGCUCUGAGUUCCAUGAGCGGGCUAUAGAUCCGCAGCAGCCGGGGGUCAAGACCGAGGACGAGGAGUACGGAUCGACCUCUUCGCUCCUCCCGUAG